GAUCUUGGGGGCAAGUUUCUCCACUGCUGCGUCCAGCCUCCCCGUCACCUCCGCUGGCAGAGGUGCUGCAGCCGGGGGCUCUGCCAGGGCCACCUCGGAGGGCUCGGAUGCUCCCACGACGGUUUGCUGCGGGUGCACUUCCGUCCCACAGCCAUGUCCUGCUACGAUCUGUGCCGUCCCUGUGGCCCAACCCCACUCGCCAACAGCUGCAACGAGCCCUGUGUCAGGCAGUGCCAGGACUCCCGGGUGAUUAUUGAACCGUCUCCCGUGGUGGUGACCCUGCCAGGGCCCAUCCUCAGCUCCUUCCCCCAGAACACCGCCGUGGGAUCCACCACCUCUGCUGCUGUUGGCAGCAUCCUGAGUGCUGAGGGUGUCCCCAUCAACUCCGGGGGCUUUAACCUCUCUGGCCUUGGUGGCCGCUACUACGGCAGAAGGUGCCUGCCCUGCUAA